UAGCUCUCUCUCCCUAGCUUUCUCUAUAAGUACCCCUCCUACACUUUCUUCCCUCCGACAACCUCCCUCACAGCUCUGCUCUCUCUCGCUUGCUAUCUUCACUAUCUCAAACUCUCCUCUCUCAACUUGGUUUGCUCCACAAAACUCUGAAACUGAAAUGGCUCUCAGGAAAUCAAACAAGUUACCUCAGACAGCAGUUAUCAAGCAGAUUCUCAAGAGAUGCUCAAGCUUAGGAAAAAAGCAAGGCUACGACGAGCAAGGCCUACCAAUGGAUGUACCUAAAGGCCACUUCGCCGUCUAUGUUGGGGAGAAGAGAAGCAGAUUCAUAGUCCCAAUCUCCUUAUUAACUCAUCCUGAGUUCCAAAAUCUUCUUCAAAGAGCCGAAGAAGAGUUUGGCUUUCAUCACGACAUGGGUCUCACCAUUCCUUGCGAAGAAGUAGUCUUCCGCUCUCUAACAUCUAUGCUCAGCGGAAGAUGAAAGAAAAAUGGGAUUUUUCUGAUAAUUUCUUUGGACUCUGAAGAAGAUGAGAAAGAUUUCUUUUUUGCCCCUUUUUUGUCAUUGUGAUGUUUUGAUGGGUUCCUCUGUUACAAUGAUUCUGACCCAUAACCCAUAAACAUUGUCUGGGUUAGAUAACUUGGAUUUGUAUAUUUUAAGUUUUAGAUUUUCCUCACAGUGGUGCGUGGCUGCGCCCUGUGAGAGACCUGAUUAAUGAAGAAAAAAUUAAGAUGAUUUCCCUA